AUGUCGAGUCUACCCCCCGAACUGCUCUACCAGAUCCUAUCUGGGCUAUACCACAACGGCUACUCGCUCACCCGCGCGCAUUUCGCGCAAUACGCGCUCGUCAGCAAAGCCUUUGCCGGUGUCGUCCAAAAGCUGCUCUACGAGACCAUCGAAAUCAAACUCUGGCGCUCCGGGACGACGCCCCGCAACUUCCUCUCAUCGCUGGACGCCCAGCUCACGCGGUACCCCCACCUCAAGUCGUACGUCCAGCACGUCGUGAUCGACUUUCGCGGCGUCAUCGACGUGGCUUCGACGCUCGACCCGGGGACUGACAGUGAGGGGGGCGCAUUGAUCAAUGUCCUCGAGUCUAUUCCUGGUUUGAAGAGUAUGACGCUAAGGUCUCAGCCGAGCAAGAUUUUUUCGACCAACGCUGCUUGGGAUGAUAUUCCACUCCCAGUUCGCGCGGUUAUACUCGACACGAUGAAGGCGAAGACGAGGAACGUCAUCGUGAUUGACCACUUCUCGCGGUUCCCCGUCAACGCUGUUCUACACCGCCUGGCGAGCCCCGAAGUGCGGGUUACGAUCCGUGGUGAAUUCGACCUUGACACUAUUUAUCCUCCAGCUGAAGAAGGAGGGUACAACCACUCCCCUAUCCAACUCGAGAUCCUCGCGGACGAGUACACGGAGAAAACAGCUGCUGCUUUCUUGCGCGGUCUACGACCGAUGCUGCCCAGCACACUCCGCUGCCUCGCGAUCUCCCUGGACGAUAUACGGUCCUGCAACUUUGACGGCGUCCACCUCGCUGCGAUGGAGUUCUUCAGCGCUCUCCCUGACCUACCCCACCUCGAACACCUGAUCGUAUACGGGGAACGCCUAUUCCUCCCCAAAGACGACACAACCAUCUUCAGCUUCCCACCUUACAUCCCACACCUCCCACACCUCCAAACCCUCACCCUCCAAUACUUCUUCUGCUCCAGCAAACCCAUCCUAAACAGACCACACAACCUCAAAUGGAACAAUCCCACCCUCCCACUACUCGACGCGCUCAAGCACUCGCCCAACCCCGCAUUGAGGGUGAGAGUACUGAUUGUGUUUGAUCAGAGGACGGAGCCGUCGCCUGUUGCGUUGGAAAGGAUGUUUGGGUUUAGGGAGUUGGUAGAGUAUUUUAGGGGUGGAGGGGAGGAGGAAAGGGAGUUCAAGGGCGACUCGCACUCGGAGGAGGUGGUAUGUGGGAAUGGAAGUGGAAGUGGGGAGCAUAGGGGCUAUAGAGCUCAGAAACUGCAGCUGGCGAUUGCAGAGUUCGCUGCUAGAGGACCGGCGUACAGGUAUGUAAAGCAGCAAUUUGCUGGAGUGCCACCUGGGAGGGUGGAAGUUGUUGGACUGGCGGGGAGGCCGGUGUAUGCGAGGUGGUGGAUGUGUUUUCCGAAGGUGGCGGCGUUUGGAGAUUAG